UACACAAUGCCUCCAACUGCCUUCCCGAUUCUAAAACUACCUUCAGGUUCAUGUAGAACUGCUCUACUCUGCUUGGAUUUUCCUUCUUUAAUCAACUUUUCCCUGGUAUCCGAACGGUCAAAACAAUGUGCAGUGUCAUUAAAUCUCGAGGUGAAGGAAUUGGAUUUGAAAAUCAAUCGAAAAGUCAAUGUGUGUGUUGAGAGGGAGCAACUCAGCCAAGUGCUCAUCGAAUGGAACCCAAACGAAGUUGACCUAAAACAAUUGUUGGAGCACUGCAUGCACAUUUUCCACGAACAUUCUGUCAGCACUUUAAUGAUAUCAGAAGGGCUUCAGAACUGGCGGCCCAUUCACACCGCCUUGAGCAGCUGGGAGUGUAAAUCUGCAAUACUAAGAUCGGCAAGUGAUGACACCUGGUUUCAGAAAACCAUAGAUAGAAUUCUGAUUGUCUCCUUCCUCCCAAUGCCAAUGGAAACUAGGAAUGCGUGUCGGCGGAUUAUUGCCUGUCCACGGAAGGAUACAGUGUGGUUCAUGCCAUACACAUUCUCUGACUUAUUGUCUACAAGUAGUGAGCGUGUCUCAUCAAUGGCACCCAUCAGUGCAGAAGACUACAAUUUGUUCCUCAGGCUCUGGGCUCACGGGUCAAAUCCAGCUCUAAAGCUUCUGACGCACAAGAUAUUCAAGAAUCUCGACUACAGUAAUCAACCUGGUAAUGCGGUGAGAACAAUUUACAAAUGGGAUGGAACCGAAGCGAGUGUGAAAUUUGAUGAUGUUACCUUGUCGUUGGUUACUUUUCGUGUUCACUAAUUCUUUUGUGAUAUAUUUGUAGUAAAACGGUUUAUUUUCCAAUU